UUUUAGUUCAAAGUGAGCCCCACUUAAAACCCUCUUGAUUUUUCAAAAUCCAUCUGCUUGCUUCCUUCUUAACAGAUACAACCACAACAAUCGGCAGCCACACCGUCGCCGCCGCCGCCAUGGGAGCUCUCGCCGGAGAUCUCACUUGGACCAUGGAAGACGAUUUCCGGCUCAGAAAAGCCGCCGAGACUGGUACCUCGUUGGAAUCACUAGCUAGAGGAGACGUAAAGUUCUCAAAACGGUUCACAAUCCAACAACUGCAAGAUCGAUGGCUUGCCAUACUGUACGAUCCCGUUGUUGCUGCCGAGUCAUCAGCUCGUAUGCUGCAGUUCGAGCAUGCUGACUCAGCUCCAGUUCUAAAAUCCGAUCAUCUGGGAAACAUCGAGGAGGAUGUUAUCCCUGUAUGUGGAAAAAGAAAGCCCGAGAGUAUACGAAAACGUUUCUACGCCAUGCAAAAGAAGCUAAGGCGGGAUUAUCCGGCAGCUGAACCUCCAGCUGAAGAGUUCUGUGAGCCCCUUCAAAUCAACGAGCCUGUUGACCUUUUGACUUACGAGGCUCAUGAUGUUGACAUCGUUAAUCUUGACGUUAAUGAUGUUAAUCAGUAUUACAAUGGAGAUAACAAUUGUAACGAAGAGGAAUCCGAUGGAUUUGAAGAGAUUCUUGAGUUACUUGAAGCCAAAGGACCGGAAUCUUUGCCACCGAUUAUCGACGAACCGAAUUCCGAAAAUUUCGAUGAAUAUCCGAUAAUCCCAAACUUACCAAACGUUAAUUUUGGCGACGCUGAGCUGGAAAACCAAAUAGUUACUAAUAAUACCAACAACUAUUUGAUAAAUGACCUUUUUGACCUCAGUAUGGAGGAAGACGACAUUCCGUUGAUGGAUGCUGACGGGAACCUAAUUGACAUGUCUUACAUCGACGAUAUGAGCUCACAUUGGCUCGAUUCUCCUAACAGUAGUAGCAAUAACGCUAAACACGAUACCGUUUUCGUAAAUGAGUUUCUCAAUAAUAAUAAUAAUAACAAGAGUCGGACCGAAUGUGACAAUCAGGAAACAAAAACGUUGGAUGGUUUAUUGGUGACAUCGUUUAAACCACCUGUUACAUCAGCAAUCAUCUGCACGUUAAACACUGAGGACCCGGAAAUACCGAGCAACGAUGAUGUUUUUCUUCUAAAUCUCGUUCCUUCUACGUCUCAAGAAAUGCAAAUGGAUGCUUAUAAGCCUCCACUGCCACCUCAGCAUAUGAAAAGGGAUUUUAGAGUUUCGAAGCCGAUAAUCCCGAAAAACAAUCGGUAUGAACAAUCUCAGUUUUCUUCACCGAUAAUCGGUUCACAAUUUCGUUCAGAAAUACAAGUGGGUCAAAGUCAAAGGAUUAAGCAGGAUUUUCCUCACGAAGAUCGAUCGCAAGUUUGUCCGGCAGUCAUAUCUAGAAGCAAUCUUUUUCCUGCAUGUGAGAAAGCGAUAAGUGUAAAAUCUGAGCAGGAAAUGCAUCAUGUAAGUUCCGUAAGGACGGUUUUUGAUAAUAAAAUAGGCGGUUCGGAUAUCGUCACGAACCAUGCUCAGUUGAAUCCUAUGACUACCGUUCAACAAGAAGAAGCGUUUAACGUUGAAAUAGACUCUACGGAAGUGAAUAAUCUAAGUUUGGUUGCAAUAAACGAGGAAGCAAUUUCAUCUCAAAGUGAUGAUGACGGUGAUUACGACAUGCCUUGUUUUUCCGAUGUUGAAGCAAUGAUACUUGAUGAGGAUACGAGUCUAGACGAACAACAUUUAUACAUGAAUCGAAUUGGGAGUUCUGAGCUUCUACAAACCUUUAAAUAUGAGAAUGCGGAAACUCAAAAGGCGAUCAUGAGGCUGGAACAGGCUGCUGAUGCGUUUGUAAAAAGGGAUAUAAAAUCACACGGAGCGUUUGCUAUUUUACAAGGGAGGCAUAUGAAAUACUAUGUUAAGAAACCAGAGGUUUUAAUCGGAAGGGCAACCGAGGAGUUUCAUGUUGACAUUGACUUGGGAAGAGAAGGUCAAAACAGUAGAGUAUCUCGACGGCAGGCAAUUUUACACAUGGAUCAUGAGGGUUCCUUUCAUUUGAAGAACCUUAGCAAAUAUUCAAUCUUCAUAAAUAGCAUGGAGCUAGCAACCAACCAGAGUAUUAGCUUGACCUCAAGUUGUUUAAUUGAGAUAAAAGGAAUGGCUUUUCUGUUCGAGACAAAUGAAGCGUCUAUAAAACAGUAUGUCAAUAGCACGAAGAACAGAACUGUUAUGGUGGAUAGUUAACUCUUUUCAAGUUUUCUCCUCUAAUUGAGUUAAGAAAGUGCUACUUUUUAACUGCACUUUCUAGGGUUUUUUUCUAUUUUUUCUAUUUUUUUUGAUUUUUUGAUUUUAUUUUUUAUUUUUUGAGUAACCUUCUAGCUAUUAGAGACAAACUUUUUUGAGUCAAGUUUAAUGCAUUUUCUUUGCCUCCAA